AAGUAUUGUAUAUGAAUGUUGACUUGACACUAUUGUCGUUUGCUCCUGGGUUUACAACAUAGACUGUAUACAACAGGGUUUACAACCUGGACGGAAGCUUUUGUUAAUGUUGUUGGUGAACUCACCUUUUUGGCCUCACCUCCUGAAACUGGAUUUGGAGGCUUCAGCGAUGAAUUUUCCCCAAUAUGGUUUCCAUACUUCACAGUGAUCGUUGAUUUACUGUAUAGAUCAGCAUGUUUCAUCACCAUGGAAUGAGUGGUUAAUGAAACUGUGGCUGUCAGUAUUUUUGCUGAAAUGUCCUGCACGGAGGAGAUAUCUUAAACUACAACUUUGACUUCCACUUGUUCUGCUUCACGUCAACGGAGUCACACAGCCAUGAGCUUCUGUUCACCUGUGUGCAAGAUUUUGAGGAGGGGGAAGUAUUUUUUACUGCUCCUGCUCUCUCUAUCAGUGCUGGCAUGGAUCGCAACUUUUUCAAGCGAAACUGUGAAAUCCUUUCACAUGUCCUCCACCACAACACAAACUCUCAAACAACACAGCUUGAGGGAUGAACUCACCUCUUUGACAGAGGCACCCAUUCACUUAAAUACUCCACCAAAAGUCGAAUGCCCUGAGAAGUCACCAUUGCUACAUGGAGCUGUGAAGCUGUCCUUUGAAUCCUCUCUGAAACUGAAGGACGUGGAGACUAACAACAAAGGAGUGACUAACGGCGAGUAUGAGCCCUCAGACUGUACAGCGAGGCAGAGCGUAGCGAUCCUCAUCCCUCAUCGCAGCAGAGAGAGACACCUCCUCUAUCUCCUGCACCACCUGCACCCCUUUCUGCAGAGACAGCAACUACAUUACACAAUUUAUGUCAUCCAGCAGGCUGGUGAUGUAACUUUUAACCGUGCCAAGUUACUGAACGUCGGGUAUUUGGAGGCACUGAAAGACUACAAUUGGGAGUGCUUCAUCUUCCAUGAUGUGGACCUGGUUCCUGAAAAUGAUCACAAUUUAUAUGCCUGUGACAAGCAGCCCAAACAUUUGGUGGUUGGCCGGAACGUCACAGGAUACAAGCUACGUUACAAAGGCUACUUUGGAGGAGUCACAGCAAUGACCAAAGACCAGUUUCUCAAAGUGAAUGGAUUCUCAAAUACUUACUGGGGUUGGGGUGGAGAGGAUGAUGACCUUCGCAUCAGAGUUGGGCUGCAGAACAUGAAAAUUUUGCGGCCACCCCCUGAUAUAGCUCGCUAUACCAUGGUGUUUCACCAACGGGACAGUGGCAAUGAAGUGAACAGAGACAGGAUGAGGUUGUUGGGAAGAACACCACAGAUAUGGAGAAGGGAUGGACUCAAUAGCUGCUCAUAUAAGACUUUGUCAGUAGAGAGGCUGCCUCUUUAUGUGAAUGUUACUGUGGACAUUGGUAAGCCAGGGAGUUGAGAUGUCAAACAGGAAACCCUGCUGUGGUCCCAACAUAUUGUGAUAUAUUUUAUACAGUAUGUUUAGACCACAGACUGCAGAGAAGCAACUACUGUGUCCAAGAUGUUAAGCACACAAAAUACACAUUGUUUUUGAUUAGUUUACGUAUUAAAACUAAGCUCAGCAGGCAACUACAUCAUUGGACGUUUUUUUUUUGCCUAUCAUGAUGCCUUAAUUUUUUUAUAUUGUGACGAGCCUGCAAAAAAAUAAAGGAAAAAAGAAUUAAAACAAUUUUAUUUUCCUGUCAGUUAAUGAUUGGCUUUUGUCAAAUAAUAUAAAUAUUCCUGGUAUUGUUGUAAAUGUAUUGCUGAAACAUACACCUGUCAGACUCUUUAUUUAUAUGUAUGUCUUAAGCAUGAUAUAUUGCAGCAUAAAACAUGCUGAUAGUUUAUAUAUGUGUAUUUUGUGUGCUUUAUUCUGUGGAUGCAUUGACUUUUUCUAAAGCCUCUACAGAUGCAGGUGUUGUUACAUAUUUUGCCUAAUUAGACAUUAGCUUAGGACUGUCUGGGAGGUACAGACUGACUGACUGACUGAUAGAAAUCUCUGUUAAGCUCAUGUUACAUUGCUUCUAUUAGGGCAAAACUAUUUGCACCUUUUAAUACGAGUACAUAGAAUGUAGUGACCUCAUGUUUCCCAGCAUAGCUCUGCCCAACGUUAGACUGAGCAGAAGUCUAAUUAGCCAGAUAACAGAGAUCACUGUUGUAGGUGUGCAGAGCCUGUAAGAUCAAAGUUAAUGUUUAGGUUUGAGUCUAGGCUGCUUGGAGAUGUUUGAUUGGUAGCGUAGGUGACAAUGACAUGUUACACACAACCGUAGACUAUGUGUAAUCUGAUGUAAAGUGAUCAGUUGAUAAGAGUAAUUAUUUCAUUAAAGCUGAAUUAAUUUUCCUGCUAAAUGGCAGAAAGACAGAACAUGGUAACACUAAUGCCUAAAACAAUUACAGUGCCUAUAAAAAAGUAAUUAUCCCCCUAGAGUCACCAUGUUUUACAGUGUUGAAGCACAGUUGGCUUUUUUAGACACAGAUCAACAAAAAUCUUUAUUGCCUUAAAAAAAAUUAAAGAAAGAAUUCCUCUAAUUCAAGUGCAAAUAAAGAACAAUAUAAAGGUAAAGACACAUUGACAAGACACUCUUUUAGGUUAAAUGCAUCUAGUGUACAUGUACUGGAUCUGGCAACAACUUUUAAUAAGACAACCACAGACAUAAAGUAGGAAAUACAAAUGAAUGGCUGUUUCUGGUGUUUGCUGAUAGAGGACAUCAUUAACAUUAAUCUCCUGACAUUACUGCUGUGCAUCAUAAAGUGAAGGAUUAAAAAAUUUAAACAUUAGUACUUUGGGUACAGAAUAACUAUAGUUUUGCAUCAGCCCUACAGCAGACAACAGAUGAACCUUGUGUGCAGAAGAUGAAACACGGACCACUGUAAAGCAAUAAUAAUAUAUAGAGGACUAAUCAUAUUAAGUGAUACUCAACUGAAAUGUUAUUUUGAAAAUGGUGAUAAGUUAUAUUUAUAUUGGUCAACUAAGGUAUUGGUAUUAUAUUUAUAUUGGUCAACGUUUGCUCAAAUUUGAAUCAGAUAGUUUUGUUCUCUUUUUUUUUGUGUACAAAACAGUGUAAAUAACUCAAGUCACAUGGAAUCUGAUCUUUUCCAGUUCAAAUUUGUGCCACUUUCAUAUAUAGUCCGUCAGAUACAGAUCAAAUUUUUUUUUAAACCUCAGUGUGAACGGUCAGAUUGGAAUUCAUGUGACUGACUCACUCCAGAGCGACAGUUGUCACAAUUCUGCACUAGCGGAAAUAAAGCGUAGAAUAAAUUGCUUCACAAAAGCCAGGAUUAAAAAUUUGUCUCUCUGUCUCCUCAUCCUCAUUAUCAUUUGCUCACGAAUUCCCUUUCUUCCAUGUGGAGUCUACUUAAAAAUAAAACUGCAAACGCUAACCUCUAUGUCCACAUUUUGAAAAUAAUGGGAACAGUCAAUAAAAACAACCUGAUUUGAGCAAUAAAGCCUGCUCUAGGCUAGGUAGGCUACUAAAGAACUAAACUAAAUUAUUAUCAUCUUUGGCUGCCCUGGGCCAACUGGCUUUAUUUACAGAUCUUGAGGACCUUGACCAUCUUUGGAUGAACUCUGUUUUAGUCUUAAAGUAAUGUAAAGUAAAAAAAAAAAAGAAAUGUGUGUGAUUCACUCAUCAAGUGUGAUAAAGAAAUAAAUAUUUCAUUUUAUUUUAAUUAAUGUACAUAUUGAACUGUUAGACUAGAACUUUAUAAUAACUACAGAUUGCUCUAGCUUUCACACUGAUUGACUGAACAAUGCUUCAUAAAUCUGCAGUAUUUGGUAGCCAUUAUAAAUAUAUACAUUUAGAAAACUAGACCACUCCACUCCUGAAUGAAUGUUUUGGGGGGAGGGUUUCUACAGUGGGUUGAAAACUUUUACAUGUAAAAAUAUAUUGCAAGUGCAGAAGUUACACUACAAAUUCUGAAAAAGAUUUUGUUACAUGAUCCCAUCCUAGAAAAUGUGUGGUAAUAGUGUAGCAUCAAAAACUUUUUAUUUGAAUAAUUUUUUUAAUAUGAAUCAUUGUAUGAAAUUCAAAGAGAUGCCAUUAGGGAAUGUCAUUUAGUAUACUGAUGUUUGGCUUAUAUUAAUUGGAGAACACUGAUCAUACAUUUCACUUUUAAUAGCAUUAUUUUUCUUUUUAGAGCACUGGUAUAAUAAAUGGUAUUUUUUCUUAUGAAUGGGCUCAUGGUGUUAUGUGUUCCAGGGCAAAAAUGCACAGUCUUGGCACCACAAUUUUGAUUUUACCCCAUAAGAUAUGUACAUGAAUAUUAAGGUGUUUGUUUUAUUUUUGUCAGGAAUAAAAAUAAAUAAAUAUCGA